AUGGGCGAUCAUUAUUAUUAAGUUUAUGGCUUAAAUACUGAGAGCGGUAUAGUUGAAGAAGAUGACGAUCAUAAUAUUUUUUUAGAAAACGAAGAUGAAUAGCAUAGUCAUUAAAAACAUAAUGUAGUUGUAGAAAAUUAAAUUAAUACUCAAAGCAAUUAAAAAACAGUGAAGUCAAACACCUAAAAAAAAUCUUCAAAUACUGGAAGCUACAACACAAAUUAAUUAUAAAAAUAAAUAAUAAAUGAUAAAGUAGAUUUUGAUUAGCUUAAAUUAGAUGAGCAAUUAUUUUAUCAUGUUAUGGAUGAUGAUAAUUUUGAUUAUGCAAAAGACUAUUUUGAAAAGAAUUAGGAUCAAUUUGAAGUCAAUAAUAUAUUUUACUCUAUUGUUUUAUAUCUAUUAGAGAAGAUUUAGCAAAUAAAAGAGCUGAAAGAGUAAAAAAAGAAAUACAAUUAAACGGAAUACAUUUAAGAAUUAAAUGAAAUAUAUCAAAAUAUAAACAAAUAUAUCAACUUUAUUCAACAAAACUUAAAUGAUGAUAGCAUCAAAGUAGAAAAUAUCUCUAAAGAUUUGGUGAUAUCUUUAUUAUAAAGCGCAGAAUAUUAUGUUGAUUAGGCUCUUAUGUUUCUUGAUAAAUAAUCUAAACUGAGAGAUUUAUUGGUUAUUCUCCUUUUCUAGUGUCAUAGUGAAUAAUCAAUAAUAGACAAAGAAUUUAAUAAUAGAAUAUAAAUAUUUGAUAGCAAAAAGUAACAUGAUUUAGAAUAUCUUCAGUUUUGCUUAGAAUAUUUAAAGUCUCUUAAGAGAAUUGGAAAUGUAGAAUUAGUCAGAAAAAAUCUAUAUUUGCUAGGCAGCCCAUAGAUACAAGAAUAUCAUAAAAAGUUCUAUGAAGAAAAUCUAUUUUAGCUCUACGAUUUAGUUAUAUUUACUAACAGAUUACCAUAUGUUUUGAAGUUAAUGGAGCACGGUAAAAAUUUCGAUUCCAGAUAAUUUAUUGAUAUUUAGAAGUUUGAAAAUGACCCCAGAGAUUUUAUUAUCGAGCUGAAUGUGUGCUUACUUUAAAAAAUAAGAGACCUAGGUUAUUAAGGUCCAUAUUUAACUAUUUUCUUCACCCUGAUUGUCGGAUAAGAUUAUGAGAGUCUAUAGGAAUAGGUUAAAAAAAAUUUCUCAACAGACAUCAUCACUAAAAUAGAAAAGAAAGAGAAAAAGGCAAAUAAACAAAUUUACUUGUUUACUGAGAAGGAAUACUAAAUACUAAAACCAUUUACAGUUAAAUAUUUUAAAGAUAUUAAGGCUCUCAGCUAAGAGUAUCUUCCCAUACCAAGCGAAAUACCCUACUUAGAAUAAUAAGAUAAAUCAAAUUAUUUUGAUUUUCUAAUGACCUUGAAGCGUUGUGGCUAAUAUGAAAAUGUAGUACAUCUUAUAGAUUAUGGUCCGAUUUUAAGAGAUAUUGAUUUUGUUGACUAAGAUUAUUUGACAUUAUUCAAGUUCUUAACCCUUUAGUAAAAUAACGAACCAAUAUAUACUUCUUCAGAUUCAUUAUAAAAUACUUAUAAAGCAUAUUCAUAAAUUUAAGAAAAACUACCAAUAAUUUUGAAGUCACUUUCUAGCAAUAAAAACUAUAAACUAGAUAUAGAAUUCACAUCUAAACAUAGUUAUAAAAGAAUAUUUAAAAAUCUCUUCAUCUUCUACAAUAGAGCUAUGUGUCUUGUAUACUUAAAGUUUUAUUAAGAAUCUUACGAAACCCUUCUAAUCAUUAUUGCAGUUAUUAUUAAAUUAGAAGGCUCUUAUUCUUAUAAUCUACUCCCAUCUCUUUCUCUGCUCAGUGAAGUGUCAUCAUAUCUUUAAUAAAAAACCCUUUCACAUUAAUGUCUCAUAUAUAAAUAAAUUAUCCUCAAUGACAUCUCUUAAUCUGAUAGUGAUAUAUAAAUAUCAGAUAUUGAUUAAUUGAUUGAUUGA